AUGAGUUCUAGCUCGGAGACAUCGGUGGUUGCUUCGUCCAACCGUGGAGUGCCAUCCAAGUGCAUUUGUGGAGCCGGUGGACACUUGUUUAAGUGGGUCGAGGAGGCGGUGUAUGAGGAAGUUGAAGAUGCAUUACCAAAAGUAGGACUUAUGGCGAAUAAGAUCGUGAAAACGAAAUCCCAGGUUAAUGAGUUGACUGCUGCUUUACUAGAGUUGAAGGAAGAAGCAUUGUGA